AUGGUGUUAAGAGAUAUGGAUGUCAUCUCUCCUAUUGUUGAGUUAUACGAGAAAGAGAAUGAAAAGCUUGUGGACCAAGGUACUUUGACGAAGAAAGAAAUUGAAGAAGUUCAAAGUGAAAGUUUGCAGACUGAGAUUGAAGCAUUAAGACUUGAACUCAAGCGUCUCAAUUCUAAUGAAGAAUACAGAGAAAGAGCAUUUACAAAUCUAAGAGAAGCCAUCAAGAAAAAAGAUGGGCAGCUUAAGGAUUUAAAAGAUGAACUUGACUAUGCGCGGAUGGAAAAGAACUAUUACUUGUACCAAAUCGAACUGCUAGAGAAUGAGCUGAAAGACAGCGAAGAAAGCAAAGAAAACCUUCGAUUUCAAUAUGACGAACUGAGGGUGAUCUUUGAUGAGUUAAAAGAAAAAAAGGACUGUGAAGACAACUUCGCGGAGAUGGAAAAGAACUACUACUUGUACCAAAUCAAACUGUUAGAAAAUAAGCUGAAAGACAGCGAAGAAAGCAAAGAAAAUCUUCGAUUUGAAUGUGACGAACUGAGGGUGAUUGUUGACGAGUUAAAAGAAAAAAAGGAUGGUGAAGACAACUUCGCGGAGAUGGAAAAGAGCUAUUACUUGUAUCAAAUCGAACUUUUGGAGGUUAAGUUGAAAGAAAGCGAAGAAAGCAACAAAGUUCUUAAAUUCGAAUGCGAUGAAGCAAGGAAGAUGGUAAAGGAUUUAAAGGAAAUGAGUCGUCGUAUAAACGGUGAAAACACUGAUUAUGGGUAUUUACGUAAAGAAGUUGAACUGCUGAAAGGUUCCCUGGAAUUGGGUAAAAAUCGAGAGGAAGGGUUAAAGAGUCAGUUGAAAUGCCUGGAGGAUAAACUUGAGAAGUUCAGAAACAAGAACAAACAGAUUGAAGUUAUCUACGAAACACCAAACGUCACCAUUUAUAAAGAAAAAGGCAAGAUGGCUUUAGAAUUGUCAAAAACAUCGGAUGAAGAAAAAGUUGAAUUCAAAGAGCUGCUAAAACAAAUAGAAGAACUCACUGAACAAAACAAGUAUUUCCAGGAAACGUUGAUAACUAAGACACAGGCAGUGGAUGAAGAGGAAAAUCCCGAGACGAUUUUGGACGCGAAACAGAAGAAGUACAAAUCUGGAAUUGAGUCGCUUAAAAAGCGCAUUCGACAAAACAAGCGCGAGAUUGAAGGUGUAGGGAUGUUUGCCUGGCAAAGGGGUUGCGAUACUAGAGAUUCAGCAUUGUGGAUGAGCCUCCUGAAGGAAGAAAGAAAAGAACUGGCUUAUGUAAGAAACUCUUUGAAACUGCAAACCCAAACAAGCCGUGAUCAGGAGAGAGAAUUAGAGAACAGCAAACAACGCCUUCAGCAGAAAGAGACUGAACUGGCCGAAGCGCAGGAAGGUUUGAGACACGUGAGUGAGACUGCUGGAGCUCUGCAAAAUGUUGUUGAACAAAUCGUAGAUUUCUUGUGGAAGCUUGACGCUGCUAUUAAAAGCCUUUGCAGAAGAUACACUCAAAGCACUCGAAGCCCGAUGAUGAAAAAAGAAACCGCAUUGAGAGAAACAGAAGCUGUCCUAACUGACUCCUCGCCAACAGAUGAGUCUUCUCGCCCGUUAACGGUAAGCCUUGAUAUAAAACCCUACCUACGCAGAAUCGUAUCCAAUCGCAGUCGCUAUUUAUUUGUUUUUGAGGUCAGAGAAGACUGGUGUUAGAUUGAGGAACGCGGGGUGUCAUGGAAGGGUUAAAGGAAAUUUCUCCUCGUCCUUUCCAAUGAGUACCGCACGCAACAGUAUCAUCUAAUCUUCUCUCUUUCCACAGAAGUAUAAACAGCGACAGGGUACAUAGCCUGCGUAACAAGCGUUUCUGUUGAAAGAACGAGGAACAGGAUUUUCGUUUUUGGCUACGCAUGAAAUAGAACGAGAGCCAAUCUCCACCCCUCCCCGCUCUUUAACUCGCGCCAUUUUUUGCGCGGUCUUUGACUCUGGUUAGUCGUUUUUUGCUCCGAAACCCCUCGGAAAUGCUUGCUAUGCAGGCCACUGAGUACAAGUCUACUACUUAGAUGUUGGAGCCCUGAUCCUAUGUAGGAAAAAACGCCGGAAAAUUUAACAUGCCUGCAGCUUGGACCGUCACCAAGAUCUCAAGGUUCUGGGUAUAUGCAAUAUGUAAGCGGGGAAUCAUGCUCAUAGAAGCCGGGACAAAUCCUCUCCCCACCCCGCCUGCCCUUAGAGACUGUUUUAUAACCUUGAUGAGAGAAAUAGUCAAUAAUAGAUUCCCUACCGUUUCUUUAUGAAAAAUUAGACCCUGUUUUGAAUAAGAUUCCCUUUAAUUGCAUACCCUGUUAUGAGCCAAGUCAAGAAACUAUGAAUUGCCGAGUCGCAUUGUCGUAAGGCCUAAAUAAAGAAGUUGCCAGGGCUCAACUAUAGUACUUACUGAUACACAUUGAAAAUACCAGCUUCUGAUACGGAGGGUGUAUUUUACCAUUUUAGGUAUUAUAAACGACGGUGAUGAUGAUAAUAAAGCUACCGUAACACCGUUUGAGACCAGUCUCAAAGAGUCAGUUUGAGGAUGAGAUAAACAAAUUGGCUUAACUAAAACACUGUAAUUUGAGAACUAUAUACCUUAUUAUAGGAAAUUAACGCUCCAUGAAAUUAAGGUAUUGGAAAUUAACGCGACUUAAAUUAACGCGAAUUUAAUGGAAAACGACUUUCGAAUAAAGAAAAUUAACGCGAAAGAGGAGGUAGAAUUUCAUAAUGAAGAAAAUUAACGCGAUUAAGACCCAGUUGGUGGUGACAACUGGAACAAAUUUAUUUCAACACUGGAUGCAAAAAAUUCAAAACUGAACAAAACUGAGCUGACAUCACUUCUGACAGCGACAACGAUGAAGAUGAACUCGAAAUAUUGUAAACCUUCGCCUUAGCUUUUGUGACAGAUGAGAAAUAAAGGGUUAAUUGAAAGAAAAAAAGAGUGUAGUUAAUGUUUUUUAGGUGUCAAGAAUGUCUGGACAGGUUCCAAAAUUGGGGUUAAAAUACUGGAAAUUAAGAGCGCGGAAAUUAACGUUCAACAAAAUUAACGCGACUUAAAUUAACGCGAAUUUUAACUAUUCGCGUUAAUUUCAUGGAGCGUUAAUUUCCUUUUAUAAGGUAUACUGACUGACAUAUCCUUUCUGUUGUUUCUCCAGUGGGCGGCGUUGGACGCACAAGCGAGAGAUCCCAGGCAUGAAACCAGCACAUUGAGGUAAGAAAAUGUCAGUGAUCUCGCUGUUAGCAGUAAUGCUAAAGGGUAGGAAGUCACACUUAAGUCAUCUACUCCACUAUGGGCUCCCGCGGGGUCCCAUGUGCUCCUGACCCCACUUUGUUCCUUCUUUACAGUUGUAGAUUGGGGAUAAUUGUUUCAAAAUGUAACAUAUAUUCUCUCUUCUGAGAUAUUUCCAUUAAAAAUUUCAGACCGUUUUCUUUGAAUUGUACUUGGUUUUCAUUGAUUUACUUUUUGGUUAAAAUAGUUGAUUCUCAGCUCCUUGACGUCCGUACACAUUGUCUGUAUUUAAGUUGCUUGGGACCAGGUUACUCGGUGGGUAAAAAGAUGAAUUACGAGGUGAUGGUCGCAAAAAAGCGAGCCGUGCUUUUAGGAGAAUGAGGAGGGGCCUUUUCAGUCCCCUACCCUCCCCUCUCCUCUCCUCACUUUGCCUUUUUCUUUUUGGUCACCCUGUUGUUCCGCGGCCCUUCGUCACUGAGUAGCGUGGUGCGUAUAUCAUACAGCCUCGUAGAGUUAACGCGUGGAGGUGUUUGUAACAAGAAGUUAACUGUAUGUUAUUUUUCAAUGCCUCGUUUCGUAAAAGCGUUUAUGUAACUGAACACUCUUAUUGUUUCCAGGUAUUCCGAGAACCCUUCACCAAACCAGCCCUCGAUUGUUUCCUCUGAAAGAGAUAUGACUGUGAUGGACUGGAUCCCACCCAGAACAGAUGACUCUGAAAACUAUUUCCUUUCUCUGUUAUCUUUUAAGUAAAAAUUUGCCAUAUUUUAUCUGAAGGAAAUGUUUAUAACUUUAGCAAAUUAAACUAUAAAACUUUCUGACCCUAAAUCCAAAAUCUGUUGUCAUUUGUUAGCUGUUUCGUUCUUUUUUGAAAUCACUACUCACUUAGAAAGAAAAAUCGUUUUUUUUUCAUUAAAAAUAUCUUGUUGAUAUAAAAUCAGUUUCAAUCUUUCAGUUUUACUGAAGCCCGUACAAUUUUCAGACCAACCUUUUUAUCUAAAUUUUCAAACUCCAAAACAAUAGGUAUUUUAGCUACAGAUAUUUUAAAAAAAUUGAAUUUCAGAAUAGAAAAAAUUGAGGUUAAUAUACGUGUUAAUGUUAAUGUAAUAAUUAUAAAAAAUUGUGGAAAUAUUUUUCUCAAAGUUCGACUGAGUAAUAAAUGUGUAAGUAUUAUUUAAGAGUAAUUAAGUUCAAAUAAAAUUGAGAAAAUGUAUAUAAGCUAUUGUUUGUGUUACUACGUUUAGAAAUAGUCUAAUCAUAGUAGUAAAAUGACGCCACCGUGCAAAUGACCCCUGUUAUUUGCCUCUCUUAGGAGCUCCGGCAACCUCAUCCCCAGGGCUUUUCCCUCAAAACCAUUUUUUUAUGGAAAAGCCCUGGGACGAGGUUGGAGCCCCGGUUAUAG